AUGUCGUCAAGCAACCUACUAUCCUUCGUAGGAUGGUCUUUCCUCCCGAAUCUCAUUACAGGUUGGGUACAAACCAUCUACUACGGCGUGACCAUCCGCGCCGGCGAGCCCAAACCCACGCCGGGUACCCCGCGAUAUAACGAGCACCGACGCCGCAUAUACAUCCUCGUCGUAUCAUGCUAUCUUCUAUACACAGUCUACGAGGCGGACUGGGUCCUGCAGCGCGCAGGCACCUUCUACUCGGAUCUGGGCGUCCCCGUGGAUGCUUCUGAGAAGGAGAUCAAGAGCCGUUUCCGCCGCCUCGCGGCCAUGCACCAUCCAGACAAACUGGGCCCAGACGCCGGCUCGGACAGUGGCGACUUCUUCAUGCAGCUCAAGACUGCGUCAGAGGUGCUCACCGACCCGGCCAAGCGGUUCGCCUACGAGCGCUUCGGGCCCGAGAUGCUCAAGUGGCAACACUGCACCACCAUCCGCGACUACAUCAUGCGCGGUGCCCAGGCUCUGAUCCCGUACUACCUGCUCGCCGCCAUCGUCAUGUACGGCAUGGGCAUGAUGGGCUACCUGGAAUGGGGCAAGUACUGGCGCUGGCUCACGAUUGUCGUGCUCUGCGUGUUCGAGCUGCACACGGUCACCCGCCCGGCGUAUCCGCGCCUCGUGGCCGCAGUCAUAAACCCGCUACUCACGCGCUUCACGCACCAUGGGCCGUACCUGCCUUUCCAGCUCAUCACUCUCGCCCGCAAGCUCAGCGUCACCUUCUACAUCGCCCUGAGCCAGAUCGGCCCGCUUGUGCUGCGGGGCGGGAACAACGCCAGUGGCAAGGGAGGCACGGCCGCCUCGACGGGAGAUACGUCGGAGAAGGUGCUCCGGCAGACCCUGGACCGCAUCGAGCAGGCGGCCCAGACCCUCGAUGCUGACGCCUCGAGGCUCAUGGAGCUCGAGAUGGCACCGUUUGCGGGCGACCCGGCACUGGUCAAUAGCAUGCGAGGCAAGCUGCGCGAGUGGCUCGUGCAGAACACUAUCCGCUCUGACCCCAUGGUCAAGGAUGCCCUGGGAAGGUCGUUCCAAAAGAGGCGCGCCGAUGCGCCUGCUGGAGCAAAGGGCACUAGGUGA